AUGUCUGGUCCUCAUGACCGUGAGCCUGCUACACCAGCUUCAGGUUCUGGACCAAUACCAGGCCAUUAUUUCUCCACUCUUGGUAUGAAUCCUGGUUCCCCUCAUCCUAUCCCAAAUAUGGUCCCACAUGGUCAUCCUAGCCAGUUCCAUCACCAUCCACUACUAUCAUUGAAUCGACUACCGCAUUUGAUAGGUCAACCAGAGCUACGGAUAUUUGAAAUGAAUAAGCGAUUACAACAGCGCAGCGACGACUGUGAUAGUUUGUGGUGGGAGUCAUUUGCUACUGACUUUUUUGAAGAUGACGCAACACUUACUCUUGCCUUUUUGACGGAAGAGGGUCCAAAAAGUUACACAAUCGGGCGAACGCUCAUUCCUCGUUAUUUUCGCAGUAUAUUUGAAAGUGGAUGCGGUGAACUUUAUUACAAUCUUAGAUUGAACCAUGAAUAUUUUCAUCAUCCAAUUUUAACUCUGGAUUCAGAAUCUGCAACGAUGACUAUGACUAUGGUUAGAUCUAUUCCUGUUACGGUUGUUGUGGAAGGUCGAUUAACACUCGACUUCGCUUUUGAUGAUUUAAUGAGGAUUCGGUCGUGGAUUUUUCUCAUCCGAACUCAUCGUGAAAUGAUAAUGCGCUCAAUGCUUGGCAUUCAAGACCCAGCUUUUUUAGAUCAACUAUCCAAGAACAUUACCAGAUACGGCAUGACAAAUACCACCCUCAAUUUCUUUCGAUUAUGUAUAAUUCUGGAACCAAUGCAAGAACUGAUGUCGCGUCAAAAGGCAUAUAGUCUUACACCCCGUGAUUGCCUUAAAACCACUUUAUUUCAGAAAUGGCAGAGAAUGAUGCCCCAAGAAGCUACACGCCAACCUAGCAAACGACGUAAGCGUAAAGGUAGUUCAGCAACAACUGAAGGUGCAAAUAAUACAAGUCGAACAUCAAAGCGCAAACAGUCACCUAUUCCGCUACAAUCCCAUCAUAUUGCUCAACCUGGGGAUGUGAUGAUUGUUGGUGAACCAACUCUUAUGGGUGGGGAUUUUGGUGAUGAGGAUGAACGUUUGAUAACUCGAUUAGAAAAUACUCAGUAUGAUGCCGUGGCUGCUGCUGCAGCCAAUUCAGGCGUUAUGGCUUCGCAUAUAAAUUCUGGCCCUUUUCCCGGCUCUGGCGAUUCUCCUGCUGGUAUCAUAUCUUCUCCAUUAGGUUUAAGUUCAGGAGGAAACAUGUUAAAUUCCAACCAACCACAGCAACAAAUAAACUCCCUUCAGUUUCGUGCGGGUCCAAUGUCUUCAGGUGGAUCAAAUCAGAGUAUGCCACAUGAAGGUGUUUUUCCCGGUAAUCUUACUUCUUUGCAACAGAAUCAACCAGUUUCUAUGCCUCCUAGUCAAUCGUUUUAUUCAAGUUCAGCGCCAAAUAGAAAUUUGCAUCAUCACUCUCAAAUGAUGGGACAACAAUUUAUGCCAGUAUUUACCAAAGCCCAAAUGUCAGCUUCUAAUAUGCUUAAUAGAGGUGAUCACUAUAUGCCAUCAGGAAAUGGAGAUGCCAUGCAUCAACCAACUCGGUCAAGUAGUGCUUCGUCUUUAGUUGACGGUACAAAUGGUUUGAGUGGGUUCCCUCACUGUGCCUCUCCCAGUCUUCUUCCCUCAAGACCUCCUGCACGUUUCACCCCGCCUUCUCUUCCGAAUGGGUUAAGUUCUUCGGUUGUAUCAUCUCAACAGUCAAGCUUUAUGAUGCCAAAUGAAGUGAUGGGCAGUGGAGGUACGCAAAUGGGACAUGUCUCUGUUCCCGGUACCCCUUUGACUUCUCCACUGACCUCCUCCUCUUUUGCAAUGGAUAUGAUGGAUAAUCAAAAUGUUCUUCAUUCUGCACCCUCAACUUUGAUUUCUACAACUAUCAAGUCAAAUAAUUCUCCUAUGCUGUACAAUUCAAUCGGAACAAGCUGUAGUGGAAAUCAGUCGACUCCAGAGUCUAUAAUGCACCCGACAAUAAGUGGUAUAGGAUGCGAUGUUUCUUCGGCUGUGAUGAAUGAUAAUGAAGAUCUUAAGAUGAUUAAUAAUAAUGGCGCACCCUCACGUCCCACUGCUGCUGAAUCAAUGUGA